GACUUCCGGUUGUCAGAAUUCUCCAGACGCGGCUGCCCAGCGGGGAAAACUGAGUGGCCCUAGGUCGCCGUGGCCCCUGUGGCGGUAGCGUCCGGGUGGGCUCCGCUCGUCCUGCCCCGGCUGCGAUGCAUCCGCGGCGCCCAGACGGGUUCGAUGGCUUGGGCUACCGGGGUGGCGCCCGGGACGAGCAGGGCUUUGGCGUCGCUUUCCCUGCCAGGUCCUUCAGCUCCGGGUCGGACCUGGGCCACUGGGUGACGACGCCCCCAGACAUCCCGGGCAGCCGCAACCUGCACUGGGGUGAGAAGAGCCCGCCCUACGGCGUGCCGUCCACCUCCACCCCGUACGAGGGCCCGGCCGAGGAGCCCUUUCCGGCCGGCGGCGGCGGCGGCGUGCAGGGCCAGAGCAACGAACAGUUGAAUAGAUUUGCUGGAUUUGGUAUUGGACUUGCAAGUCUCUUUACAGAAAAUGUAUUGGCCCAUCCUUGCAUUGUUCUACGCCGCCAGUGUCAGGUUAAUUACCAUGCUCGGAAUUAUCAUCUCACUCCAUUCACAGUCAUCAAUAUUAUGUACAGCUUCAACAAAACUCAGGGACCAAGAGCCCUAUGGAAAGGAAUGGGAAGUACGUUCAUUGUCCAGGGAGUCACACUUGGCGCAGAAGGCAUCAUCAGUGAAUUCACACCUUUGCCGAGGGAGAUUUCACACAAAUGGAAUCCUAAACAAAUAGGUGAACAUCUUCUACUGAAAGCCCUAACUUAUAUUGUGGCAAUGCCUUUUUAUUCAGCAAGUCUAAUUGAAACAGUACAGAGUGAGAUAAUUCGAGACAAUACUGGCAUUUUGGAAUGUGUCAGAGAAGGAAUCGGAAGAGUGAUAGGCCUGGGAGUGCCUCACAGCAAGCGGCUCCUUCCGCUUCUUUCCUUAAUCUUCCCCACGGUGCUGCAUGGAGUCCUUCACUACAUCAUCAGCUCAAUCAUUCAGAAGUUUGUCCUACUAAUUCUAAAGAGAAAGACGUAUAAUAGCCACCCAGCUGAGAGCAGUAGCCCUGUGCAGAGUAUGUUGGAUGCUUAUUUUCCAGAACUUAUUGCUAACUUUGCUGCCAGUCUUUGCUCUGAUGUUAUACUCUUCCCACUGGAAACAGUUUUGCACCGCCUUCACAUUCAAGGAACACGCACAAUCAUUGACAAUACAGACCUUGGCUAUGAAGUGCUUCCAAUUAAUACACAGUAUGAGGGAAUGAGAGACUGUAUCAACACCAUAAAGCAGGAGGAGGGAGUCCUUGGCUUUUAUAAAGGGUUCGGUGCUGUUAUAAUACAGUACACACUGCAUGCAGCUGUCUUACAGAUUACCAAAAUUAUUUACUCUACACUUCUUCAAAAUAGCAUUUGAAAUUUAGGUUCUAUCACUGGUGAGUCCAGAAGAUGUAAUCUGGAUAAUUUGCUAUGAAGUUAUAAAGGAUGAAAAGGAAAUACUGGGGAAAAAUGGACUAGAAAGUGAAACUGGUAGAAAAGGUCUGUGCUGAUUGAAUUGACUCUUCUUUUAAAACAAUUUUUUUUUCAAGUUUAAAAGCUCAGUAGAACCAACACUUGUGUAAGAAUAAAAUUUUAGCUAGUGUAGCACUCGUUCUGAAGUAAAAAUGAUACUAGGUGGAAGCAAAGGUGUGUCAUCAAAUACAAAAUGAAGUUUCACUGAGUUGAAUCUGUUCCAUCUUAUCUUAAUAUUUGUUAGUUAUUUCAUCCUCCAGAUUGAUCUUUGCAUAUUAUCCUUAAUGCAGUAGAAUAUCACUGUAUCAGUGAGAUUUUACCUUUAAACAAAUAAAUUAUAUCACCAUUGAAAAAGACUAAGUAUUAGAUUUGGCCAUCUGUAAGCAGACAUCGAGGGGUUUUAUAAUGCAUUGUCUCUAUUUUAGUGGUUGUAUAUGUGUAUGAUAUAAAGCCAUUUAUGUACACACAUAUAACUUGGAAAUUCUUUUGUCCUACAGAUUCUCUACUGAUAGAUAAGCAUGUUGCAUAAAAUGAAAUCAUGCACUUUCUGCUUGAACACCAGAGUAAAACAUCAAAAAGCCAAGGCACCCAAAAGAUUCAAUCAGUUAUCACACACUUGUCCACAUCCAAACCCAGUACUAAAGUGCUAGCCACUUAAAAUUUAUUAUGUAUCUAUAAAGUUCAAUUUGCUUCAUUAGUUAUGUGAGUUGUUAGUCUAUUUUUAGAACCACACUUAGGAAAGAAUGUAAAAUAAUCAUGCAGUUAUUGCUGUUUCCACACUUAUAAAUUGUGUACUUAAAGAAGCCUCAUUUGCCUUUCACUUCUGAGUGAUUUACCUUAGAAGAGACAAAAUUCAGCUGGGGAUUUGUAUCUUUUGCCUGGCAUACAGUCAUCGUUAAGUAACAUCUUCAUUUUCCCCUCUGUUUUUGCUUAAAGUGUCAUUCUCCAAACUAGAAAUACUUGAAGAGAAAAGCAAAUUCUUAUCAUUUUUUAUUUAAAUACAUUGUGGUGAAUACUGAAGAAAAAAUAGUUCAUGUAUUUUGUGUAGGUAAGGUAGAGCGUGGGGGAAUAUUUUAACAAAUAAGCAAAAAAGAAUGGUUAAUCAGUUUAAUAAAAAAAGAAAAUUGUCCCUAAACUUAAUUCGUGAGUCAUGCUCUGUAUAGUAAAGUGAUACGCAUUUGACUUACCCAUCAUUAAACAUGUUCAAGUUUCAUUCUUCAUGAGGAUGUUCGCAGUUUUAUCAUGAACCAUUUAGCACUCAGAAGUGCAGCAACUUUGCAUGGAUGUUUUCCAGCACAGAACGCAGACAAACUGAGCUUUAUGUCACUUGUUGAAUGUCACUGAGAUGGGUAUUUUUGUGAUCAAUAGUGUUGGAACAAAGAAAUGAUAUGAAAAAUAUUGUGGAAACAUCAUAAAAAUAGCAACUGUGUUUACUAUGGUGUGUGUGUUUACUGUAAUACACUGUUUUCCAUUUUUAAAUUUAAAUUCUGCUAAGAGGGAAAAUAAACACAUUGAGAUUGAUCACAUUACAUGUUCAGGGUAAUACUUCAGUUUAUGGUUUAUUUUGUCCUACCUAUGAGGUUUUUUCAUGUUUUUGAACUGCCAGAUAAUUCUUACAUGGUUAUAAUAUAUUCAUCAUUCUACCCUCUCCCAUUUUUUUAAUAAUCAGGUUUCCAAAAGAAAUAAACAAGAAAAUUAUAAGUUUCAGAAAAUUUCUAGAACAGAAUCUGAAUGGAAUCAAGUAUUUGCAAAUGAAAAAUAUAUGAACUCUUUCAUUGAUCUAAAUAUUAGAUUUUUCAAGGUUUGUUGAAAGCAUGAAUGUAAAGUUACAUAAAUUUGUUUAGUCAUAGGAUCAUAUGAGAGACUGAAGCACACGCAAGUAAGGUUGGUCUUGUUUUCUGUCUCUUUAGAGGGAAUACAAAUUAACAUGAAAGCUAAAAUUGAAGCGUGUAGUAAAAUAUUAAUAUUUGUACUGCUUUUCCAAACCGAUUGAAAUAUAAUCUUUGAAAAUAAAGCACUUAAAUUUAGCACUUAAAUAUUUUUCAGUGAAUUUAAAAAGAAUAGAAUAACUAUCAGAUACUCUUUUGCUCUUUAAAAUUGCUAUAUCUCUUUAAUUUCAGUGCCAAAAUCUAAUACCCAAAGGAUACAUUUCUUAAGGUGUUAACUUCAGUAUCAUUAACAACAUUGCUAUGAUUCUAUUCAGUGGUUCUAUAGACCCAGUGGUCCUCUUAUUGUAAAUUUUGCCCAUGGUGCUUAUGAUGUGCUUGUCUUAUAGGGUUUCUAACUUGCAGUAAAAUUCCCUGAAAGUGAUUGAAUUAAAAUGGAUAAAGAUUAACCUGCUUGAAUUUAUGAAUCAAGUUAUUAAAUUGCGUACAUACUUCCAAGGGUACCCUCCUCUAUUUUAUGAACACUUAAACCUAGGUUAAUACAGUUAUUUAUUUAACCUUCCAAACACCCAGCACUAGGUAAUACAUUUAAAAUGCGCUAAUUUAGAAUGGGUUGUGGAUUGGAGUAUUUGAUAAUUUGGAUACUGCUUGGACACAAAACUGGAAAGGUAGGAGAUCCUGCUCACAUAUGCAGCUAUGCCUCAUUACACCUCUCUCCAGCACUGGCUUUGUUAUAACUGCACAAAGCAUUCACUUUAUUCGUUGGGCACAAGUGUUUCAAUAUUCCUAUCCAUGUAUUCAUAUAUCUAUUUUGAUCUUUUGUGAACUGAGAUUAUGGAGCUAUUUGUUCUCAGUUUGCUUAUAGAUCUUAUAGCACAGAAAAGAUUAUUCUGCCAGCUCUUGAGAAGAUUCAGGUUUUGAAUUAUUUUGAAAAAGUAUAUAAGCAAAAAAAAAAUCCUUCAGUAACUUCAUACUGCACUAAGAUUUGUGUAAUAUUUAAUGUUCCCUCCCUCUGUCUUCUUCCUCUCUGUUCCUCCCUCUCUCUGAAUGUGCAAUGUCUUAUUUUUUGAGUCAUUGAGUAUCAUUACUUAUGGUACCAAAUUGUAUAGCAGAGUAACAAAAAGUUAGGGUUUGACAAUGAAUCUUGUUUGAUUUUAUCUGAGCUAGAGGAGAUGUUUUAUUUGACGUAUUUUUUUAAGUUGUUUUUGUCUCAUUGGGAUUUUAAAUGUUUGGGGCAGUAAUUUGUGUAAUGUGAAAAGUUCAAUAAAAUGUUGAAUAACAUGA